AUGUCUGAUGAUGAAUUUGUUCAGAAACUUUCAACAAUGGAAGAAAAUUCGGAUCAAGUUGAUGUUGGUGAUCAUGAAUUUGAAUUAGCAGUGAAUCAAUUGGUAAAGCUUCUCGGAGAUACAGAUUUAAAUAAUAGCAAGGCAUUGGAGAUUAGUAACUCUAGAAUUUCACAUAAUUUAUCGAAAAUAGGAUUGCAAAAUAUGAACAGUAGUGUUGUAGAUUUUAAAAGUUAUCUAGAGAGUCAUUCUAAAAACAAGGAAGAUUCACCUAAGAAGGAUGCUGUGUUAGGCCCCGUAUGGGAGUCAGUCGCUCCAAGCAUUAAGUCAAGAAUGCAAAGAUCUAUAUCCGCCUUUAGAGAGCAUUUAAACCAAACAGAAGAUCCAAACGAAACCAUUUACAUAUUGAAUAAGAUAAACAGUGAAAUCAAUGAAGAGAAACCAAAGAAGGAAGUUGGUCAAGAAAAGUGGGACGAGUUGGCGCAAAGAUUAAAUAGACCAUACGAAAAAAAGGCAAAGAAAAUAGAGAAAAUUGUUAAUGAAAGAGAGGAGGACUAUUGUAAGAAUAAUACAUUUCAACCAGUUAUCAAUGAAAGAUCACGACAAUUGAUCUCUCCAGGAAGUACACUUGACGACAGAGUAUCCACCUUUGUAGUAGAAAAGAUGAAACAUAUUGAAAAGAAGAAACAAGAAUUUUCCAAAAUUGAGGAGAAUGAGCUAAAAUUCAAACCUGAAAUAACUAAAAAGUCUCAAAAGAUGAAUAGAGAUGUGACAGUUCUUCUUAAUUGGAGAGAAGAAAAGAAAGAACGCCUCAAAAGCCUAAAGGAUCAAGUUAAACAAAAGGAAGUUGAUGGAUGUACAUUCAGACCAAAUUUAAGUAGUAGAUCCAGAAAGAUAGCAGAACAAACAAAAAAGACACCAAGCACAUUUCAGACCUCAAACGACGUUUUUGAGAGGAAUUACGAAUGGGAGUUCAUCAAAAACCAUAAGAAACGAAAAUAUAUAGAGUCUUACAUCAAGCAAGAGAAAGCCCAACACAACCCUAAUAUCACAAGUAAGGCUUCCAACUUGAAAAGAUCUGAACCUUUCGGUGAUAGGCUAUAUAAGCAAGGUCUAGAAGGUCUCGAAAAGAAGGAGAAGUUCAGAGAAACUUUCCUUCAUAAUUUUUACCAAAAAAGAGGCCAAGGUAUUAUCCAUAAGGAUGAUGAUUCUUACUUUGGAGAUGAUGACAAUAUUAGUGCAGGUACUUCUGACAGUAACUUUAGUUUGACAGAUGACCAAAUUUUUGCCAUUAUUAAGCAGUAUGAAUUGGACACUGACAUUCCAAACACGAGUUGGUCUCCAAAGAAAGAGGUUGAACCUUCACCAUCUAAAUCUCCAGAAAGAGAGAAUGAAUCUGAUGGUCCACAUAUUUCAGAUCCCAAAGAAAGAUUUGCCAGAACACUGGAAACAUUGAGAUUAUUCCACAAAUAUAAGAAUCAAAAAGAUCCAAACGAUGGAGAUCUUUAA